GAGCGUGGAGGAAAGUGGAACUAUGUAAUAUUUUUCUGUAGGAAAUGUACAGAACACGAAUUUAUUAUACCCACGGGAAAAUGCAUGUUGUCAUAUAAAGCAGAUGAACGAAUGUGGUCAUCACUUGCGAAUCGAAAUUAAAAAUUAAUGGAUAUUUUAUACUUUUGGCACCAUUGUUCACUUUCAUUGUGUUUAUGAGCCCACGAGACUAGAAUGCUGGUUUAUGGGAAGGCGACACUUAAGAAUACUCGUAAGAUCUGUGAUUCGGACGGAUCAUUUGCACUCCAAUAGUGACAAAGAUGUUGCAGUUUGUAAGGACAUUGAGUUAUGUUUUCUUCUGAUGUGAAGCCAAGGUUUUUGAAACCAGGUGAGUGGGAAGAGGAUAAAUCAGACAUUGAUCCCAGUUUUUCCACGGCUUUUAUUUACAAUCCCCAUGUAUCACUGUCUUUGGAGCAACAGCGUGAAAGACUUCCUGUGUUCAGGAAUAGAAAUCAUAUCCUGUACCUGCUGGAGAAGUUCCAGACACUAGUUCUUGUAGGAGAAACUGGGUGCGGCAAGAGCACGCAGGUGCCUCAGUAUUUGUUGGAAGCUGGUUGGGGCGAUGAUGGGAAAAUUAUAGGGGUGACAGAGCCGAGACGUGUGGCAGCUACUACUUUGGCUAUGAGGGUUGCUGAGGAAAAGGGAUCACUGUUGGGACAAACUGUUGGUUACAGCAUUCGCUUUGAUGACAGCUUUGAUCCAGUGCACACUAAGAUAAAGUACAUGACUGAGGGAAUUUUGCUAAGAGAGAUGAUGGCUGAUCCACUGCUUAGGAAUUACUGUGUAAUUAUGCUUGAUGAAGUGCAUGAGCGAACGCUGUACACUGAUAUUAUGAUGGGUCUGCUCAAGAAAAUAUUAAGAAAACAGAAAAAUCUGAAGCUCGUAGUUGCAUCAGCAACUGUAGAUGCUGAACAUUUAUACAACUUCUUUAAUAAUAAUACAAGUAAAGAUACAACCAAGGACACUGCUGUUAUCAUGAGUGUGGAAGGGAGAUUGUAUCCUGUGGACAUACAUUAUGUGAAAGAACCCAUGCCUGAUUAUGUGAAAGGUGUAGUUGAUACAGUUACAGUAAUCCAUGAACAUGAACCGUCUGGAGAUGUGUUGGCUUUUCUUACUGGACAAGAAGAAGUAGACAGAGCUGUUAGUCUACUAAAGGAACAAAUAGUUGAUGAUAACGCCAAUUUGAAGCUUCUUAUUCUGCCAAUGUAUGGUUCUCUACCAAAUGCAGAGCAGUUGAAAGUUUUCCGUUCUACACCUCGAGGACUGCGGAAGAUAGUUAUAGCCACAAAUAUUGCGGAAACAUCAGUAACAAUCCCUGGAAUUGUGUAUGUGAUUGAUUGUGGGUUUGUGAAGCUGCGGUGGUUCAAUCCUGAAACUCACACUGAUUCUCUGGUGGUGGUUCCAGUGUCUCAAGCAUCUGCAGACCAGAGAGCAGGCCGAGCUGGAAGGGUACGUUCAGGGAAGGCAUACAGAUUAUACUCUGAAGCAGAUUUUAAUGCCUUAAGUGCAGUGACACCUCCAGAAAUGCAGCGAACCGAGCUUGCUAUGGCUAUGUUGCAGUUAAAGGCUCUUGGUAUUGAUAAUGUUUUGAGGUUUAAUUUUCCAUCACCACCCCCAGCCAGGAACCUGCAUUCAGCUCUAGGACUGCUGUAUGCACUAGGAGCUAUUGAUUAUGAAGGUCAACUCACCAAACCAUUAGGAAUUAAUAUGGCAGAAUUUCCACUCAGUUCUUUAUAUUCGAAGGCUCUUUUGAUUUCUGGUGAGUUUGGUUGCUCAGCAGAAAUUCUGUCUAUCAUAGCGAUGCUGCAAGUACAAAAUGUGUUCACGAAGCCAAGUAGCGGGCAAAAUAUUGUAAAAGCACGCAUUGCAAAACGCAGAUUUGAGGUCAGAGAAGGUGAUCUUUUGACCCUGCUUAAUGUGUACGUUUCUUACGUGAAACAUGGCAUGUCUCAAGACUGGUGCAAGAAAUACUUCUUGAAUUACAAGGGACUGCAAAGGGCCCAGGAGAUACGAAUACAAAUGUCGCAGCUCUUAAAACGAUUUAAUGUUCCGAUCAUUUCAUGUGAAGGUGACACAGAGAAGGUGUGCCGGUGCAUUACAGCCGGCCUCUUCCCAAAUGCAGCCUACCUUCAUUACUCGGGUGUGUAUAGGACUGUGAGAGGUGACCAGGAACUCUACAUUCAUCCCACAUCUGUACUGUACACACUGGAACAACCUAAGUGGCUGUUGUUCUGUGAGAUCCUGCAUACGAACCGAGUGUACAUGAAGGAGUUGACUGUGGUGAAUCCAUCUUGGCUGGAAGAACUGGCAUCACACUUCUAUGAGAAAGUUGUUGACAAAGACUAUUCUCUAUGAUGCAGAAAAUUCUGAACCUUAUUCAUGAGUUAUGACUCUUCGUGAUAUUCAUUGUAGUAAUCAUACAAAAAAUGCAUUGUGAACCUGAAAAGAAUUUAAUUUAUUUAUACUGUUCAUAUUAUGCUGUAUCACAUUUCUUUCCUUUCUUUCCUUUCUUUCUUUGUUCUUUUCUUUUCAAAUGCCUAACAGGCCUCCACAAAUGCACAGGGAUUUAAGAUCAACACGCAACGUCUUCGUUCGCGUGCUUGUCAAAGAGGCAUGUUGUAUUUGAGUUGCUGAGAACAAAAUAAGGUAAGUGAGAUUUAAAAAUAAUUUGUAUAUCUUAAAUUUGUUGAAUAUUUUCUGAUGCGUAUUUGAGAAAAUGCAAGCAAGUACUCGCACUGACCAGUGGUGAAAGCCGAGGGAUCAAACACACAUACAGUGCUGAUGCCAGGAUUGUUGGUCAGCAUCAUUUGUGUGGGGAAGGUUCCUGGAGCCUGAUUACAUCACAGGGGAUUUCCUCUACAUGGUUGUACAGCAGUUGGGGAUUCCCCAUGUAGGGAUUCCCAUGCAGUUACUUCCACACACAUACAUGCAUAUAGGUUCCCAUUAUUGUUGUUGGACUUCAAUGAAAACUUGCAAUUUGUCAAUAAUGAAUGAAAAAUGAAUUAUGAUUAUUAUCAUGUAAGGACAGGUGGAACCAGAUCAGCGGUUGGGAGACCCAGGUUCGUUAAUGAUAAGUUGUCAUUUGUAAUGUGGUUAGACUUAUGAUAUGAUAUUAAAAAUGUGAGUGUCUUAAUGGAAGAUGUGUUUACCGAAUGUUCUGUUUGUGAUUUUAUAUAUCUCACAGACUUUAAUAUUCAUUUAUUGCUGAUAUAGUCUUUUAAUGGAACAAUUAAAAUGUAUUUAUGUAGUCUUCAGAUCAUUAAAUAUGUAGUCUCUGUGAUUUAAA